AUGAUUGACAAGACUCUACAUCAAGCAUCUGCUUAUCUCCGAGUCUUGUAUGGAGAUUCUGAGACCAAGAUUGGAGGAGCAUAUCUUGCUCACCACACGCUAAAGCGCGAUGUCAGUCCGUAUGUAGCAACCAGUGACAUCACAGUCAGCCAAGGUGCCACUCUCACCAUAGAACCGGGAGUCGUCAUCAACUUCCAAGCUCGAGUCAGACUUCAUGUCCGAGGAACUCUCUUUGCCAAAGGCUCACUGAACAAUCAAAUUUUGAUGUUUCACAACAUGACGGAAGGUGUCGAUUCCACUUCUAUUCGUCUAGUGGGAGGUCAGAGUUCCAAAGAGGGAAGGGUGGAAGUGUUCAACGGUUACAAUUGGGGAACCGUGUGUGAUGAGUAUUGGAAUGCAGAUAACGCUCGUGUUGUAUGCAGACAUCUCGGAUUUGGUGAACCCGUUGAAGCAUCCACACGUAGAUUCGGUCAGGGAACGGGAAUCAUCGCAUUGGCUAACGUGGACUGCAGAGGCGUGGAAAAUUCACUGUUUGAUUGCCAUGGAGGGAGCAGCUGGAACAAAAACAAUUGUCAACAUUCAGAAGACGUUGGUGUUGUGUGUGGGACGGUUGGUGUUGGAUAUUGGGGAGGGAUCGUGUUUUAUGAUGACGACGCGACCGAAACCAUCACGUACAACGCACGAAAGUACCGCAGUAAAAGUGUUUUAGAAAAUAUCAAAAUGGUCAACGCUGGAAAAACAAUAAAUAAUGCUUCAUCAACUCCUGAUUUGUUGGUACCGGCUAUUACCAUGACAACAGCAAGUCCCUCCAUCACUAACGUGUCUAUUGUAGACAUUAGUCACAUUGGUAUUCAGAUAAACUCUGUACAUGGAGAUGUCCACUUGUCUGGUCUUACUGUUGCAAACAGCAGCAAUAGCGGUAUAUCGGGCUCACUGUCGUGGCAAUUUAGAUGUGAUGAUUGUCAUUUCCAUAAUGUCGGUGCAACUGCUAUUGACAUCACUUCUAUUCCACUGAUACUCAAACCACCAUCCAAUGCUCUAUCCCACCAAGGAGACUCUAGUACAACUACGUCAUACUUUAUUGAUGAUCGUGGAGCAUAUCUCACAUUCAGCGUUUCCGGCUACAACGACUACACAAGUUCAAUCAGCACAAUGUCGGGAUAUGGACUUGCUAUUACAUUUCUUCGGUUUUCUGGUUAUAGAACAACACUUAGAGUAAUAAACGAAAUAACAAAACAGAGUGUGCUGUGGCGCAGCGUUAGUGGCACAAUUCCAGAAAACGUCAUGGUACCUUAUCACAAAGCAAUUUUCUUUCUCGUCAGAUGGUGGUACAGUUCUGGCUCAUCAGACAUUAAAGUUUUCGUAUCAAGAUAUCCUAUUGGUUCUCGUGGAGAAAAUGUAAACAAUUGUAACAUAACUGGACUCGUUCGAACGUCGAGUGGAAUACGACUGUUCGGAAGUGCUGGCGUCCGACGUAUCAUCAACUCUGUCAUUACCGGCGUAACAGGAACGGCAAUAGAAAUGAGUGGAUCUGCCAAUCAGGUGAUGAUUUUAUCAACAAAUGUACAAUGUCAUACAAGCUCAUGGCAAACUGGCAUUCGAAUCAAUACAGACCUACACAUGCUGGAGGUAACUGAAUUAUAUGUUACCAACUGUUACAUAGGACUAAAUACAAACCUAUAUAGCUACUCGAAUGUUUCUAUCGCUAACAGCACUUUCACCCAGAACUCAUACCGAGGAGCAUAUGUUUACAGUCACCAUUAUUACUCCAGCUACUUGCCUCAGACUAUACAACAAGCUUCUCAGCUUCAAGUUUCUAAUUGCACGUUUUCUGGAACUACAGGCACUGCUCUUAAUGUUGAUAUUUAUGUCUAUGAUUCCAACUCACACUUGGUUCACAUCAAUAUCACAGACAAUACGUUCCAACAAAAUUUGCAAGCACUUUUGUUUACACGCAGAUAUCGUGACGGCUAUGCCAUCAUCGCUAGAAACAACUUUAUGAACAAUAAUGGAAAAUGCUGCUCGGGAGCAAUGGAUAUUAAUGACAAUUAUUAUUACAGCAUCUCAAUACACACGCCAGUUAUAGUUGAAAACAAUGUCUUCACAUACAACAGUGGAGAAUAUGUAGUGAGGUUGAAUACAAGAGCAUCAUUUCACUCUUCUCAUCAACAUGUUGACAGUUUGUUAAUAUUCAGAGAUAACGAACUGACAAAUAACUCUCUGUCAUCUCUCCCCACCGGAUACGCAAAGUCUACUCCAAAUGCAGUAAUUGUCCUUACCGGUACAGGCUACAUGAGCGUCUACAAUAAUAUACUUGACAAUCAAAAUGCGAACACAGAACUGGCGGUCCAAGUGGAAGGAUACUCAUCACUAGACACAAUCAACGUCACACUCAACUGGUGGGGAACGGCAAAUGAAGAAAAAAUUGUAGAAAAAAUAUUUGAUUUUGAUGAUCGUAAUCACUUGUUAGUCGCUCAAUACUUUCCGUUUCUUCUGUCUCCGUCCAUCUCUCAUGUUGCAUCAUCAAGUCAUCCGAGAUCGUAUCCUCCAUUUCUGAACAACAACAGAGAAGUUGGAGGCCAACUGCAUACUGAUUUUACGUUAACUGCUUCCGGUGGACCUUACACUGUAACACGUGAUGUGACUGUCCUAGCAAACGCAACACUGACUGUAGAAGCGGGUGCCGUGCUGACUAUCUUGCCAUAUGUUGGAAUAUUGAUAGAAGGAAGGAUCUUGAGUAAAGGAACGCCUGACAAUCCCGUUAUAUUUACUCACAUAGUAAAAGAUGCCAAAAACAAAUCAAAUUCUGAUACACAAUUACUAGUCCGUUUCUCUGAACCUUUUAGCUACUCCUAUUUCGUAUACGGCAAUAUUGAGCUGCAACUCAACGGAUUGUGGUACCCACUUUGUUUCAAUUCACGAUCGAUUGGUUAUUUGUCAUUGGACCGCAUUGCGUUAUUGACAUGUCAACAACUUACUUAUUGGAACAAACAUGAUAAUUGGUACCACGGGUGGUGGCAGACUGAGUGGUUUCCUGCCCUCGGAGAUCCUAUUGUUCGUGAUUUCUGGUGUCCCGAAAACGCAACGUCAUUUAAUAAUUGCACGUUCAACACAUCUAGCUACGCUCCACAUUCGAAAUGUUUACAGGUUGUAGGAGUUGAAUGCUUCUGUGAUCGCGCUCUAUGUUAUCGACAAUCGUCUCAAUUUGCUCAAACCAAUUGGGCAGGUAUCCGCUUUGCACCUACCAGCACCGUCUCCAACUAUCCUUUCAAUCAGAAAACGCCACGAUCCGUUCUAAACUACACGAAAAUUAUAAGAGCAGGUAAUAGAUAUGAUAAGACAGUACCUUCUGUUCAAUCCAUAUUCCGUCCUCCACAAACCAAUGGAUUAACCAUCAAAGACUCGACAUCGACGGCUAUGGAAGUGUCGCACUUACACCAAGAAGCUGUUAUCAGUGGAGUGACCAUUGUAGGUGCGGUUGGAGAUGGUUUGGUUAUCCGUAGACCACGUGGUCGUAGUCUGAUGGUAGAGUAUGUCACAGUCAAUGAUGUAGCAGGUGCAGGAAUACACGUCUACGACUUUUCGUCUCUAUUGUCUGCCAACGUGGACUAUGAAUCCAUUUGCUCUGGACAAACUAUUAUAUCUGUAGACCCAGAAGAAGGAUCUUAUGUUGGAAUGUCUCAAGACGAUCAUUUACCGGGAAUUAGUUGCUCCGUUGUUAUGCAAGGUCCACCUAAUACUAUACUCUCUGUUCGUCUUGUCAGUCUGAGACUUUACAACUAUGAUAGACUUUACAUACGAGAUGGCGCUCAAUCCGCGAGCUCUCUUCUUGUUUCAUAUUCUGGAUACAGAACGCGUUCUAGUAACGAGCCAGUCUUGUCUUCCAGCAACAACAUUUACAUACAAGUGACAACAGGCCAGAAGACGGGCGCUCCUGGAUUUGCUUUGUUUGUUGACGUCAUUCCUACUACUGGACAACAACCUGUUGUUAUCAUCAAGUCAAGUUCUAUUCAUAACUCUCAGUAUGGUGUGUACUUUGAGAAUGCGUAUGAUGAUGCUCGAAUACAGAACGUCACAAUCAUGAACGUUCUCAAUGACGGUGUGUAUGUUUCCAGUCAUGAAGGUGAUGUGAUGGUUGAUAACUGUACUAUAGCUCAUACAAAAGGAAAUGGAGUGGACUACAGGUAUGGAGACGGACAACAAAUUGUUACUAACAAUCGAGUUGUCAACGUUUCCACAGGAAUAUAUCUGUACAUGGAUUACUACUACUCUAACAAUUUCGGCUGUCACUCGACGUUGUCUAAAAAUUUUAUAUCACAGGCCAGAAAAAAUGCAGUUUUAUAUAGGACAUACAGGAAUAGACGACGUCAGUGCCGUUGCGAUAUUUCGCACAAUUUCUUUGAGUCUAAUGAAGAAGGAGUUCAUCUACAAAAUGACUACAACUCCAACGUGCGACUGCAACUGGAUUUCACCGUUUCCAAUAAUUUGUUCUCAAAUAACAGCGGCACAGACUUAUUCCUUUCAAGAAAUGGAGACUGGAAUGGAAUAUUCAAUAUUUACUCCAACACGUUUGAACGACAUCGAGUUGGAAGAGGAGGAUGUUUGACGUUGCAAGGUUAUACGACUUCGUUGGUAUCAACUGGCAAUCUUUUCACACACAAUAGAGGAACUCAUGUUGUACGAAUAGAAGCACAAACUCUCACCCAAUCUGACUUUGUAUUUACCAACAACACAAUGAUCGACAACUACGUAACCGAAAGUGACACUUACCAUCGAGAUGGUCGCUCUGCCGUCUUGAUUGUGUCCACUUCAGAUCGUUUUCUAAUCAAAAAUAAUCAUUUUGAUAAUCCGGGAUCUCUGUUUGAGUUGGGAGUCGAGAUACCAGUUCAAAGCUCUCAAGAGAGAGUCAUCAAUGUGACCAACAAUUACUGGGGAACGACAGACGAAAACAUCAUUAUUGACCGCAUUCAUGACUUUGGUUACUGUUCUCGUUUAGCUUCUGCACAAUAUUUUCCUUUUCUCACUUCUAAAAACGGUCCUACAGCUUCCCCUUUCUUUUCUGCAACACUGGCUAUCACUCGUCCUAAUAGCAUCGUACGAGGGCGUGUGUCGAGCAACACAAUAUUAGCAGCUUCUGGUAGCCCGUACGUUGUUACUGGAGACAUCACCGUCUUACCUGGCAAUACACUAACCAUAGAAUCAGGAGUAGAACUGAAAUUCACUCACAAUACUGGAAUUCUAGUGGAAGGACAGCUCAUUGCUCAUGGCAACGACAAUUCUCCAAUAUUGCUGAGAGAUGAUAGCUUUGCAAUUGGUAACCUGCAGCUAGAAGAGGGCAGUUUAAGACUCGUUGACGGUUCAUCUCAAUGGAGAGGAAGAGUGGAAAUAUUUCACAAUGGCAACUGGGGUCCAGUCUGCGCUGUGCGUAAUUACAGUGAUUGGCGAUGGCGGGGAUACCAUGAUCAUUAUAACACUCGAGUGAUAUGCCGAGAAUUAGGAUACUCUAACGCUAAUCGGCAAUGGCCGUACGUUGAUCCAACCCUAGAAACUUCGACUACCGCAGCGUGGCUAGAACAUGUAUUGUGUAGAGGAGACGAAGAGACUUUAAGACAAUGCAUCAAUUAUGAUUUAAAGAAAACUACCUGCCACUACGGUCAAUUAGUGGCGUCAUGUUCCAGCCAAAACGUCGACGGUCAUUAUAAAACGCACAAAUCCGUUUAUCAUUGGACUGGAGUUCGAUUCUCUGCUAAAACGUCAGGCAAAUCUUCAAUGAGAAAUGUGAUUAUUAGUAAUGCAGGAAUAGCAAACGCAGGUCAUAUAGCUGCCGUUCAAAAUGUUGGAGUAAACGUUGAGUUAUUCAACGUCGUCGUCAAUAAGAGCGCGUGGACUGGAAUAGAAGUUAGUCAUUCCCCCUAUAUCAACAUAUCUCAACUGACGGUGGAAGGGAGCGAUGGUAAUGGAGUCGAACUGAUCAAUACGGCUGCUAGUUCUAUUACACACUUGACAAGCAACAACAAUGUCGGUCAUGGUCUGGUGAUAAGAGUCGAUAGUGUUUUACAAAGAAUGUGGGAUAUUCCUGUCUUACAUAAACAAAUAGUUGAUAUCUGCGCAGUGUCCAGCUCACUCUCGGCUGCUUCCUCGUUUUUCCUCAGAUUCAUAGCCACACCUAUUUCAAGAGGUUCCUCCGUCCAAUCCUGCUCUGCAACAAUUGACGCCACUUCUCAACACGUCAUCUCUGUUCACAUCAUGGCUAUACGGUUUCAAGAGUGGGACUCAUACGUUACCAUCGACCAACAAAACGUUUUUCGGCAGAAUCGAUUAGAACCCAACUAUCCUCUCCACUACACUUCACAAUCUCAAACCAUUACAGUUGACGUAAGAGCAGUAUUUACCGACGAAAGAUAUACGUUAGAAGACAACUACUUUCUUGCUUACAUACAGCAGCAUCCCACAGAUUUAAAUACUCAACAGAUGAGCUCACAUCACAUUGCAAGUGCAUUCCUGAUGAAUAACGGAUUAUCAGGCUUGGCACUCAAUACAAGCAAGAGCAGCCACGAAAGAUACGAUUUCUCCCUCAGUGACUCUGUUGUGUCAAACAACACUGUCGGCGGGAUUGACGUGGCGGCUACAAGCUCGGGGGACAUUGGAUACGGGUCGACAGUACAUACUUUUGAGUUGAGCAGAAAUAUCAUUUCUCGUAACGGGCAGUUGGCUACAACGACGACACAUCUGAGAUCUAGCGGUGUGAACAUGCAAGUAGACAAAUCCAACCUUCUCAUACAAAACAAUGUCAUUGAGAGUAAUGCAGUCGGAGCUAUUACCUUAAAGUUAGACAGAGGAAGUGAGAACUCGUCUGUUGUUGUAAGCAACAAUCAGAUUGAGGCAAAUGUGGGAGGUGCCGCCGUGUCGUUGUCUGCAGCUAGUGGCACGACGGAACCGCGAGCAUCGAUCAUUGAUAACGAUAUCAGUCAUAAUUCUGCUGGCAUUCUGCACGACACAUUAUCUAUCACUAACGUCGCUGCUAACGUGAAUAGAAAUACGGUUUACAACAACACAGCUCGUCAUACCGUACGCUGGGAAACUGCAUCACAACACUCGGUAAACAACCAGCACUGUUCACAUAACAUCUUCUAUUUAAAUGUGGGGCAGAAACCAAACGAGAGGUGGACCAUGCUAGCAGACGGCGUUGCCGCUUCGUAUAGUGGAAAUGUGUUCUUCAACCCUGCCAAUACAUAUGAAAUGGUAGCAGGACCGGAUCAAUACCAAGGAAAUCAUGAAGCCAAGAACAACUGGUGGGGAACAGCAAACUUGAACAAGGCAGAACUGAAAGUAUUGGACAAACACGAUGAAUCUUACAGAGCAAAUAUAGAUAUCACGCCCAUUAACGACACCAACCCUUGGUCAGUUCGACCAGUUUGUUCUUUUGGUUGGAAAGAAUUCAAACAAAACUGUUAUCUCUACGUAAAAGGAGCAAGAAGUUGGUCUGCAGCAAGUGCUUAUUGUCAGAAUCGAGGCGGAAAACUAGCAUCAGCUCUAAAAACAACAAUGUAUGCUACACUAAUACCGUCAUGGUCAACUGCAACAGAAGUCUGGUCUCAUAACCAAGGAUCUGACCAAUGUUUCAGUCAAACAUAUGGUGGAGUGGAAACCAAAAUUUGCAGUCUCCAUUUACCGUUUCUGUGCAUAAUCAUUCCUUCUGGUAUAGCACUUGAAACUGUCCAAACAGUCGUAGUCAGCAUGGUCGAUGCAACAGCAAUACUCGAACUUGUUUAUGCAACAAAGGAUGGGCAGGAAGAGAUUGCUCCGAUUUCGAUUGCUCCCAAGUUAACGAAUGCUCGGGAUAUGGUACGUGUGUUGGACCUAAUCAGUGCCGUUGCAGAGUUGGAUGGAAGGUCAGAUAACACUUGGUCGUGCCUGCACUACCACAUAUUGUGGAUUAUAUACAACAUGUCACGCAUGCAGCAGACAAGCAGGAUGUGGAUGGUGUGA